AUGGAUUCCAAAAAUAUAUUUUGCCGUUUAUGUGCUGAAUUACAGCCCGAUUAUCAUUUAUUAAAAAUCACGGACGUUAAAGCCGUGAAUAUGAAUUUAGCAAAUAAGAUUUUACAUUGUUAUAAUGUGAAAAUUACCGCUGAUGAUAUCCUACCGAGACAUGUUUGUUUGAAUUGCUGUGAUAAAGUGAUUAAUGCUUUUGAAUUUCAUGAAUUGGUUCAUAAGUCACAAGAAUUUCUAGCAAAACAAAUUAAUGUCGAUGUUAAUAUUAUGUAUGUGGAAGUAAAACAUGAAAAAGUUGAUAGUGAUGUAUGCACAAAAAAAGAUUUUCAUUUAAAUAAUGAUAAUGAGAAAUACGAAGAUGAUUUUUCAAUCAAUACAAAAACAGAAAAUGAAUCUGAUACAACUGACAACUUAGAAGAUGGAAAUACUUUUUUGGAAAGUAAAAGUUCAUUAGAGGAUUCCCAAAAUAGUUUAUCACCAAAACAGGAUUAUGUUUCAGAUGGUGAUGAUAAAUGUGAAGUUCAAGAAACGAAAAAAGUCAAAUGUCGAGAAAAAUGGAAAUGUAUUGAAUGUAACAUAUUUUUACCAACUCAUAAACAAUAUUGUAAUCAUUACUUACAUGUACAUAAAAAAGAAGCUGAUUAUCCUUGUCCUGAGUGUACGAAAAAAUAUGAUAAAUAUGAAAGUUUUUUAGAACAUAGACGAAUGCAACAUAGUGGACGGAAACUUAUAUGUAAAAUAUGUAAUAAAAUUUGUUAUUCAUCAUUAAAACGACAUAUGGAAACACAUUCAUCGUUAACGCCAUUCUCUUGCACAGAAUGUAAUAAAUCUUUCAAAAGUAAAGAAUGUUUACAACGACAUCGAAAUGUACAUUUACCCGAAGGUAUUAAGAAAAAAAAUACAAAAGUAUACUCAUGUGAAUUAUGCCCCAGAACAUUUGCAAAAAAAGCAAAUUUAAAUUAUCAUAAAGAAAAUCAUAAUCCAGGAGAACCAGUUAAAAAAUUUGUUUGCGAUCAGUGUGGUAAUAAUUUUAGUCGUAAAGAGAGUUUAACCGUACAUAUGACAAUACAUUUGAGUACUGCUGAAUUCCGUUGUGAUAAAUGUCCAAAAGCUUUUAAAAAUGUAUAUAGCUUAAAUCGUCAUAAAAAAAGUCAUAUAGAAGGGCAGCCAUUCAAAUGUGAUAUAUGUUUACGAAGGUUUAAAUAUAAACGUGCGUUAAAGCAACAUGGACUAAUACAUACCAAUCAACUACCGUACGAGUGUGAACAUUGUCCAAAACGUUUUAGAGAAAAAACUAAUUUAAGGGUUCAUUUACGACAACAUACGGGAGAACGACCAUAUUCAUGCCUUGAAUGUAAUCAUAAUUUUACAAAUAAUUCAAAUUUUAUAAAACAUUUAAAAGGACGUCAUGGUUUACAAAAUGUAUCAGUUGCAAAUCAAUGGCAAUAUCCUUUUGUUAAUAAGACUGACGUACAAAAUUAAUU